AGCAUGCAGAACCCGGGUUCAUUCGGUUCAAUCUCUCGGGUAGGGAAAAGCCAAUAUUCAGAUCGGACCAGUUGGGGACGAUUCUGCUGACUCGGUGUUCUUAUAGUUCACAGAAAAUCUGGGAGCUCCACAGGACAUCACCAGGCAACUCUGCUCUCAACAUGUCGCAAACGAAGACUCCGGAUUUGGGCUCCGCGUUCAUUCAGACGCAGCAGCUGAAUGCUGCCAUGGCAGACACUUUCCUGGAGCACAUGUGCCUGCUGGACAUCGACUCAGAGCCCACCAGUGCCCGCAACACUGGCAUCAUCUGCACCAUCGGACCAGCCUCCCGCUCAGUGGAUAUGCUGAAAGAAAUGAUCAAGUCAGGAAUGAACAUCGCUCGCAUGAACUUCUCCCACGGUUCCCACGAGUAUCAUCGUGAGACCAUAAAGAAUGUCCGUGAGGCGUGCGAGAGCUUUGAAGCAGGCAGCAUCCACUACCGGCCUAUAGGCAUCGCCCUGGAUACCAAGGGACCAGAGAUCAGAACUGGACUCAUCAAAGGGAGUGGCACUGCUGAGGUGGAGCUGAAGAAAGGGAACCAGAUCAAGGUGUCUCUGGAUGAUAGCUACAUGGAGAACUGUGACGAGAACGUCCUUUGGCUGGAUUACAAGAACAUCACUAAUGUGGUGGAAGUGGGCAGCAAGGUCUACAUCGAUGAUGGCCUCAUCUCUCUCCAAGUCAAAGAGAUUGGCUCCGACUACCUAAUUUGUGACAUUGAGAACGGCGGUACCCUCGGCAGCAAGAAGGGCGUCAACCUGCCUGGGGCGGCCGUGGACCUGCCUGCCGUGUCCGAGAAGGACAUCAAGGACCUGCAGUUCGGAGUGGAAAUGGGAGUCGACAUGGUCUUCGCUUCAUUCAUCCGCAAAGCAGCUGAUGUCCAUGAGGUCAGGAAGGUGCUGGGAGAGAAGGGAAAGAACAUCAAGAUCAUUAGCAAGCUGGAGAACCAUGAAGGAGUUCGUAGGUUUGAUGAGAUUAUGGAGGCCAGUGAUGGCAUCAUGGUUGCUCGUGGUGACCUGGGAAUUGAGAUCCCCACUGAGAAGGUUUUCCUCGCCCAGAAGAUGAUGAUUGGACGCUGUAAUAGAGCCGGCAAGCCAAUUACAUGCGCCACACAGAUGUUGGAGAGCAUGAUCAAAAAGCCCCGGCCCACACGUGCCGAAGGUAGUGACGUGGCUAACGCUGUUCUGGAUGGGGCCGACUGCAUCAUGUUGAGUGGAGAGACUGCAAAGGGAGACUAUCCUCUGGAAGCCGUGCGCACACAGCAUAUGAUUGCCAGAGAGGCAGAAGCAGCCAUGUUCCACCGGCAGCUGUUUGAGGAGCUGAGGCGCUCCACGAAACUAAGCCAAGAUCCCUCCGAGGCCGUAGCCAUUGGGGCUGUCGAGGCCUCCUUCAAAUGCUGUGCCAGUGCUUUAAUUAUUCUCACCAAGACUGGCAGGUCUGCUCAUUUGCUCUCCCGGUAUCGCCCCCGUGCCCCCAUCAUCGCCGUGACACGUAACGGGCAGACGGCCCGCCAGGCUCACUUGUAUCGCGGCAUCUUCCCCGUAUUUUACAACCAAGCCGCUCAUGACGUCUGGGCUGAGGAUGUUGACCUCCGAGUCAACUUUGCCAUGGAAGUUGGCAAGGCUCGAGGAUUCUUCAAGCCCGGUGAUGUCGUUAUCGUGCUCACCGGCUGGCGCCCCGGCUCUGGUUACACCAACACCAUGCGUGUGGUACCCGUGCAGUAGACCUUCACUCCUCCUCCUCCUCCUCUACAUUCCAGCACUUCUAACCUUUCUCUUGCUCCUUUACACUCAAAGCACUUCUAGCAGACUGGCAUUAGCUUUAGCAAGGUGCUCCAGUCUGGGCUUCACCUGUAACAAGGCCAGUUGUGACAUCUUGUCUAAUCCCAGUCAAGUAUUUUUGCCUAAAUAUUUGCUUUUUUUUUUUUUUUUUUUGGCACGCGUGUCAAUCCAUAGUCCUUUAUGUUCACAAACGGCAAUGUAUUUAUUCCAUACACGAGUCAGGCGGAAUAAACCUGUCAGACUGCAGCGUAUAGGAGAUCGUAGGCCAGAGCUACUGUACUUCAAAUGCAUUCAGUAUUCAUCUAGAGCUCCACAUUGACCGUAAAAUCAACCACGAUGUACUGAAGCAAAAAUGCUAACCUAGCAGCUUCAACUUUUCCACCUUUCUUCACAAUGACCAAGUGCAGAGGAAUGUAUAUGUGCAAAUGUGAUUUUUGUCUGUGUGUUAGUUUAUUUACCUGCAAUGCACUCCCACGGCUACUGUAGGCGAUGUUACAUCCUGUAUUAUACUUGACCCCGAGAUGACUGUAUUUGGGGAAAGCCAGCACCUCCUAAUAGAGUAUAUUUUUCUCCUAUUCAGAUGCUGUAAGUGUUCUUCAGUUAAUUCAGUGGGGUUUCAGAAAGAAUCUAAAAGAAUAUAGAAAUGAAAGCUAAUCGGUUCCAUCACCCCUUUUCUGCUCUCUGGCUCGCAUUUCGAACUCGCGUCCGUGUGCAGUUUUCUUAUCCAAACGCUUCUGAUUGUGACGCUAGCAUUUAAAGUGUUUGUAUUGUGAGCUCAGACUUGUUUUGUUGCGUUGUCAAAUACUGGUUUAAUUGAUUAAAGAGAAGAGCACCUGUCAUGACUGA